AAUCAGCAUGGUAUCCAAAGACGUUGGUCGCUUGCUUGUGCUCUCAGCUUUUGUAGCACUGUGUGCUAUUGUGCUGUUUUCUUCAGAGGUCGAUGCAAAAGGAUACGGUGAUGUAACCCAGUAUAAAGGUUCUGUGAAACGAGUUGUCAAAGGAGAACGAAGGGGGUAUGCUUAUGGAUUGAAGAACAGAAAACGUGGAUUCUUUGGGAAAUUUGGACGAAGAGGAAGCAAGGAAAACUUCGGAAGAGGUUUGGGGAAGCGGCAUAGAGGAGGAAGGAGAGGACGUGGUUAUAAUUUAAGAAAGGGAAAACGAGGCUACGGUCGUAACCUCAGAAAAAGUUUAAGAAAUUAUAAAGGUGGAAAACGAGGAAGAGGGCGAGGAUAUGGAAGGCGAUUUGGGGGCAAAAGGAGGGGAAAGAAAUACAGGGGCAAGAAAAACAAAGGAUCGAAAGGAAAGAAAUACAGAGGAAAGGCAAAGAAGGGCUACCCUAAAAAGAAGGAUGAAAAUUGCUGAGAUGAAAUAGCAUCAGAUUGUUACUUUUAUAAGAUUGUUAUGAAUACAAUGGUAACAUGUGAAUAAAGAGUAAAAUCGGUACAA